CCCGCAGUCAACGUAAAUGAAUCGCAGCUAUUGUCUCCUAUCCUUGUUAGACCUUCACGAUGCACUUCUCCCUGUUCACCGCUUUGAUCGCACUCGCCCUUGGCGUCAACGCCAUACCCACACCACCCACUUCCAAACCCUACUCCCUACCCAAACGCCUCAUCGCACUAGAAGAGCACGUCGUCUCGCCCUCGCUCGAAGCCGAAGCCCUCGCCGCCGGCCUAGUCCAGCGCUUCCCCGGGGUCCUCGAGAAGCUCAAAGAUGUCGGCGCGGGUCGCAUCGCCGCCAUGGACGCAGGCCACUUGAGCAUGCAAGUCCUCUCCCAACAAUCUGCCGUAGGCUUGGAAGACCCGGAGGGAUGUCGCAAGGCGAACGAUGCUGUGAGGGUCGCUAUUGCUGCGAAUCCGAAGCGGUUUGCGGGCUUUGCGGUGCUGCCUAUGAGCCUUCCGGAUGAAGCUGCAGCGGAGUUGAAUCGUAGUGUUACGACGCUUGGGUUUAAGGGCGCAAUGAUAUGGAAUCAUCUCAAUGACGGGACGUACUAUGAUUCAGCGCGCUUCGAUCCUGUCUUUGCGAUGGCGCAGAAGCUCGAUGUGCCGCUGUACUUGCACCCUGCUGCGCCUACAGCAGACAUCGCAUCGAAGCUCUUUGCUGGGAACUACCCUGCAGCUGUGGCUGGGCGUCUCGGGACGUUUUCUUGGGGUUGGCAUGUCGAUGUUGGAACGCACGUCCUGCGUCUCUACAGCGCCGGCUUGUUCGACCGAUUCUCGAAGCUGAAGUUGAUCAUCGGGCAUAACGGCGAGGGUCUGCCCAUGUUCCUUGAUCGCAUCGAUUUGACGGGAUUGAGGAACGAUACGACGUUCAACAAGGUUUGGGAGACGAAUAUUUGGAGCACGACGAGUGGGUUUUUCACUGUCCGCCAAUUCCAGCAGUUGAGGCAGGUCAGCCCAGUUGAGAGGAUCAUGUACUCGGUAGAUUACCCGUUCAGUACGAACACGGACGGCUGGGCGUUUGUGAAAAAGCUGGCGCAAAGUGGUGUGUUGACGAACGGGGAGAUGGAUGCGUUUGCGUACAAGAACGUGGAGAAGUUGUUGAAGCUGUGAAGACUACUUGCAGACCACAAAGGCUGUAUCUUACGGGCAUCGGUCGGUUUUCUCAUGACUUCAAGGCCUGUGAUCUACUAUGCCGAAUGCCAG